AGCUACGCGCAAUGACGCGCGCUGACUCCGCCCCGCCGCAGCGUCAAACUCUCUACAGCUGCCGCGCCGCGGGAGCCGCGCACAGUCCAUGCGGACCACAAGACUUCGCGAUGCUCGCGCUGACGCUGUGGAUUCUAGCGCUGCUGUGGAGCGCCGCGCGCGCCGAUGCGAGGAAACCAGACGAGUUCUUCAGCGGGAGCGUUUACCGCGCGAGGUGCGCGUCGCGGUGCCUCAGUCUGCACACCAUUCGCAUUUCUGCCGCUUUCAAGCAUUUCCAGAGCAAUGGAUCAUUAGUUUGGUGUCAGAAUCACAAGCAGUGCUCAAAGUGUCUGGAGCCUUGCAGGGCAGCAUGGGACCUGAAGGAGAACCAGUGUCAGGACUUGUGUGAGACUCGGUUCCUGAAGAAGCAUUACGAGUGUUUGACGAGCUGUGAGUUCCUGCGCUCCGUUCAGACGCUGAAGCCGGGAGACUGUCCUGCAGCGGAGCGAGCGAGCGGAUUCGAAGCGGCAUGUGUUGAGAGCUGCGAAACAGACACAGAGUGUACGGCUCUGAAGAAAUGCUGUCCGAACGGAUGCGGACACACCUGCCAGAUCCCCAAGAACCCCUAUAAAGGAUCUCCUCUGAAGCCGAGGAAGGAGCUGUUGAUUGUGGAGCAGCCGUCAGGAUUGCUGGAGGUCCGCUGGUCGUCCCGCUUUAACGUCUCUGUGGAGCCGGUGCUUUACGUGCUUCAGCGCCGCUGGAACUUCGGCAUCCAUCCCAGCGAAGACGACGCUACACCGUGGCAGGACAUCGCUCAGGUUGCUGAAGAGCACGUGCUGCUGAGCGACGUCCGGCCGAGCAGGUGGUAUCAGUUCCGUGUGGCGGCGGUGAACGUUCACGGCACACGCGGCUUCACGGCUCCCAGCAAACACUUCCGCUCGUCCCGAGACCCGUCUCCUCCUCCCGCUCCAUCCGGACUGAGAGCGUCUCACAUCACGACGGGACCCGGCGGCCUGCUGACGGUCCGGAUCAGCUGGACUCUUCCCACGGAGCCCGACGUCCCGGUCCAUCACUACAAGAUCUACUGGAGCUGGACGGUCCUGGGGAAAUCAGCCGUGCCGUCCCGGAGGAAGAGGAGGAGGAAGACCAGCGACGGGGUCAGAAGCUCGGUGGAUCUGGAGGGUCUUCAGGCUAACAGCAGAUACAGUGUGGAGGUCCAGUCCGUCUCAUACUGGGGUCAGAUCCCACUGAAGAGCACCAGAGCCUCCGUCCAGUUCACCACACCACUACACAACCAGACAAAGCCUGUCUCGAAGGUCUCUGAUCUGGGUCUGGUGUUGAUGAAGCGACCUGUCGGCGCUCUGGAGGUCGGCACGCCGUAUUAUCAGGACAGACAGCUGCAGGUCCACAUCUACUGGAGGAAGAGAGGAGAUGCUGUCGUGAACCGUUAUCAUGUUCAGUGGAUGCCUGAAUACUGCAGUCACAACCAAACCGGAGCGCUGCAGAAAUCAGUGACUCAGGAGAACUUCAUCAAUCUCCCCGGUCUGCUGUUCUCCUGUAAGUACAGGGUCACUGUUCACACACUCAAGGCCAAACAUCGCUCCAAAGAUGAGAGCAUCAGCUUCCUGACGCCGUCCUGCACGACUCUCAGGAGCAAGAGCGUUAAACCCAUCAUCUGUCCUGAAGACACGGCGCCGUCGAAGGUUUUGGCUAAGCCUGAGAAUCUGACAGUGACCUUCAGCUUCUAUGCCGGUGAUGUGUCGGCUCGAUUCCUCUGGAGGGUGUCGCGAGCGCAGCGGCUUCAGCCCAUCACAGGUUUCCAGGUCACAUGGGCGGAGGUUUCCAGCACGAGCCGUCUGAAUAUUCUUCCCAACAGCAUCAUUUCCCAGUCUCAGAUCCUGCCACCUGAUCAUAACUUUCUGGUCGUGUCUAGCCUCCGGCCGGCCAGCUUUUACAGAUUCGAGGUUCAGGUGAUCACUGCGGCGGGAGAAGGACCUGCGACAAAGAAGAUCUUCCGGACGCCCGACCGGCCACCGCUUCUGCAAAAAGACCGUCUUCAUCAUCAUCAGAAGCAGCAUCAGAAGUCUUCAGCGGAGAAACACUGAGACGCUCAGAAGACGCGACACGACGUGCAGCUAAUUGCAGCUUUCGAUGGACGCAGUAUUCAGAUGUUCUGAUCUGAGCGUCUCUCCUCCGGUUGCUCUUAAGCUCUAUGGGUUCAUUGCAACAACUUUAAGAAAUCACCUCAAACUCUUAAACGACGUGUGAAUUUACUCCAUUUCAGAAGGUUAAAGUCAACGGGUGAGGUAAAUCAUGUCAUUGCAAAAUCAUAUGCUGUUCAUUUCUGAAGAAUCUUAAUGCAGCUCUUUUUUCAAUAGCAACAAUAGCAUAUCUUUCUUUCAUAAAGGCCUGAUUAGAUUACAGAGAUUGUUGAAGCCAGUGUUUUUUGACAGUCUACUUAGGCUGAAGAUGCUUUUGGGAAAAGCUUAGCUCAUAACUCAAAACAACAUGAGUGUGUUUAAACUAUUUAAUUUUUUGGGUGAACUCUUCAACUCUUCCUUUGAUUGGGCAUAAACAAUCCAUCUUUGUCACCUAAUAUUAUUAUAAUUAUAAUAUGUUAGCAAUAUAUCACUCAAAUUAACAGAGUAUUUUGUUUAUUAAUGAUAAUGCGUGUAUUUUUUGAUGAAAUGAUGUAAACUGUAUAUGUUUUUGGCUGUAGAGAUAUGUGUUGUGGCAGUCAGUGAAUGUUGAUGUUGAUAUUUAUUUAUGUGUGUUUGCAGCGCUUCAUUUGUUUGCUGAGUGUGUGUAUUUUUUUCCAUGUAUUAGCAAGGCAUUGUUUAUUUUUAAAGGAAACUUCUUGUAAAGACAUAAUGUAAAAAAAAAUGAAUUGUACAUAUAAACAUAUGUUCUGUUAUUUCCUUGGAUAGAACCUGUACAUACUUUAAAGUAAUGAAAUAAAACCUCUACUCCUUCA